ACAAUGUGAAGAUGAUCGUGUUAUGGGUAACACUGCUUGUUCUUCAUCAAGGACAUACGCUGACUCCAGUGAUCAUGGUUCAACUUGGUGAACCUGUAAACUUGACAUGUGCUUUGCGUAAUUAUGAUCUCAGCAGAAUAAAUCUCUACUGGUACAAGCAGAGUGCCGGUGAUACUCUGAAAUUAAUUGUUAAACUGUAUAGAUCUGCAAAACCUCAUUAUGAACCAGAGUUUUCUCCCUCAAGAUUGAACGUACAUACUGACGAGAAUUUUAGUAACCUGACCAUUUUGACGACAACCCAAGAAGAUGAGGGAAUGUACCAUUGUGCAUUCGUGGAGUGGAUUGAUUAUGAAUGGAGCGGGACAUAUUUGUUUGUAAAAGGAAACACUGAAAGGACAUCAGACUAUACUAUUGUUCAGUGGCCGACAGUAUCUGAUCCAGUCCGUCCAGGAGACUCUGUGACUCUCCAGUGUUCAAUCCUCUCUGAAUACGAGAACAAGACGUGUCCAGGAGUACACAGUGUUUACUGGUUCAGAGCCGGAUCAGAUGCAUCUCAUCCAGACCUCCUCAUCUACGCUGAUGGAAGUAGCCGUGAUGAAUGUAGAAAGAAAACUGGCAUUCACUCGUCUCCAAAGAGCUGUGUCUAUCGCUUCUCUAAAAACGUCAGCUCCUCUGAUGAUGGGACUUAUUACUGUGCUGUGGCCACAUGUGGAGAGAUAUUAUUUGGAAAUGGAACUAAACUCAUCAUUGAAGUUGUCAGCUGGUGGGAUUUACAGAAGGCCAACACACUUAUCUUUCUGCUGUGUGCUGCUUUCGCUAUAAGUCUGGUUGUUAAGAAAAAAUCUUGUGAUUGUUGCAACGCUGCCGCUGCUCUGCAAACACAUGCUGAAACAGCCAGUGGUGGUCAGCAGAUAUAUGAGGACUAUUUGGUUUAUUCUGCACUGACCAAGAAGACAACUGGCAAAGCAGGGAAAAGGAAUGCAAAAGCAAAGGAGGAAAAUUGUGUCUACACCAAUGUCUUUUAUUUACUUCAAAAACAGGAAUGAAUCAUCAUGAAAGUAUUCAC